GGUGUUUUUAGAGGAUUGGUGGAUUUUGUAGCGUCACUGGAUGCAGUUCUACAUGAUCACCUGCAGACUGCCACUGUGUUUAAGGGAACAUCUAAGACUGUACAGAAUGAACUCCUUGACUGCAUGCUGUCAGUUUUGAGAGAGUGCAUCAUUGGAGAAAUCUGGAGUGCAGACUUUGUCUCCAUCCAGGCUGAUGAAACAAUGGACAUUUCCACUCAGUGUCAGCUGGUGCUUGUGAUCCGCUACAUUGACAAAGCCCAUCAUGUCCAAGAGAGGUUUUUUGAGUUCAUACCUCUCCAAAGUGCCACAGCUGAUUCCAUCACCACAGCACUUCUGGAUAGGUUGAGCUCCAUUCUCCCUGAUGACCAGAAGAGCAAGCUCAUUUCCCAAGCAUACGAUGGUGCAAGUGUCAUGAGAGGAGCCAAAGGUGGUGUACAGAAGAAGGUCCAAGACGUGUAUGUGAAUGCACACUAUGUCCAUUGCUAUGCUCACCAACUUAACCUCAUCAUGCAGCAGGUGACUUCCCAUAUCCCAAAAGUGAGUCAUUUCUUCUCAGACCUGGCUGGAUUCUCUAGUUUUUUUUCAAGAUCUCCAAAGAGAACCAGCGUGCUCGAUAGAGUGGUGGCCCACAGACUCCCAAGAGCAAGCACAGUGAGGUGGAACUUUCAUAGCCGAACUGUGAACACUGUUUUUGAGCACAAAGAAGACCUGCUCCAGUGUUUUGAAACCAUCAGGGACUCAGGAGAGUUUGAUCCUAUCACUGUGAGAGAAGCUGGAGGGUUUGUGAGGCUGCUGGAGGAUGAUAGUUUCAGCUUCUUCCUGAAACUGUUCCAUCUCAUCAUGCCUAAUGUGGACAUUCUCUACAACCAGCUCCAGAAGCGGACCAUUGACUCAGUCUUUGUUCAGGGAAUCAUGCAGCAGUUCACAAACAACAUACAAAAGAUCAGAGAUUACCUCCCUACUCUCUGUGGAGAACACAGUGGCAGUGUAUCUCAGCUGGCCAAGAAACGCCGCACACUGGGCCCAGAUGAUCUUCAGAGGCUAGCCACAGAGGUGAGAUAG